AUGACAUUCUCAACCACCCUGUCCAGUGGGCCACCAAGAUAUACACUGAGAACAAGGCAGCCAUUAUCAUUCAACAGACACUGUCGAUACUUGAGUAGCGGCACUCACCACAAAUCUCUCCUCACUAUUGCCAUAGAGACAUCAUGCGAUGACACCUGUGUCGCUAUCCUCGAAAAAGCAGGCCCAGCAGCACGCUUACAGUUCAACAAGAGAAUACCAUCAAACCAUGUUGAAUUCAAGGGCAUACAUCCUACAAUAGCCUCCAAAUCGCACGAGAUUCAGUUGGCUAAGCUGGUCAACGAAGCUGUACAGUCACUACCAGAGCACACCAACCACUCCCCAGAGGUCAAAACCAUUUCUAUCCGCGACCCACAAACAGGCAAAUCCACCCCCCGACGACUUCCUGACUUUGUCUCCGUGACAAGAGGCCCAGGCUUCCCACGAUGUCUAGACGUCGGCCUCGGAGUAGCCAAAGGCCUCUCUGUCGCCUGGCAGGUCCCCUUCCUAGGAGUUCAUCACAUGCAAGGCCACGCCCUCACCCCCCGCCUCGACCACGCCCUACAACAACCCUUCCCCCCAUCCUCCUCGACCCCCUCAUCAAAACUCUCCCCUAAAUUUCCCUUCCUAACCCUCCUCGCCUCAGGAGGCCACACCCAGCUCCUCCUCUCCACCACCCUAACAACCCACACCAUCCUCGCAACAGUAACCAACAUCUCCCUAGGCGACAUGCUCGACAAAGCCGCGAGGGAAAUCCUCCCCCCCUCCCUCCUCAGCUCCCUCCCAAACAUAGCCUACGCCGCCGCCCUGGAACAGUUCGCCUUCCCCUCUCCCUCCUACAAGUACACCCCCCCUCCAAACCGGCACUCCGAAACCCUCCCCUCCCCCCUCCCCUCCCCACCAUUUGAGCCCGGGUGGUCCCUCACCCCCCCUCUCCCCCUAAACAAAGAAAUGACCUUCAACUUCUCCGGCUUCGGCGGCCAAGUCCAGGAACUAGCCCAGUUCUACCCCCACACCAAACUCGACCGCGUCAGAGCCGAGGAAUCCAACCAAAUACUCUCCCCCCCAUCGCUCACAACCGAACAGCGCCGGAUUUUAGCAAGAGAAACAAUGAGGCUGGCAUUCGAGCACCUCGCUUCAAGGGUCGUUUUUGCGCUGAGGGAACUCCAGCCUGUGAGCGAGGCCGACAAGAGGCAUGGUACCGGGAGGAAUGAUCUGAAAAGAUUGAAGGGGCUGUUGAGGGGAGGACAAAAGAUCGAGACGUUGGUGCUGUCGGGGGGCGUGGCGUCGAAUAAAUUCCUGAGACACGUCCUGAGGAGUGUCCUCGAUCAGAGGGGGUGGCCUGAUAUAAAGCUGGCUGCUCCACCUGUGAGUCUUUGUACCGACAACGCGGCCAUGAUUGCGUGGGCGGGGAUGGAGAUGUUCGAGACGGAGGGGGUGGAGACUGAUUUGGGAGUGAGGUCGAUUCAACGCUGGUCGUUAGAUGAGAGUCUUGGAGAGGAGGGGACGAGGGGGGUGAUGGGGGUUGACGGGUGGCUCAAGAGGCAGAAGAUGUAA